UUGGCCAGUUGUCCCGCAAGAUAUUCCGAGGGGCCCUGGUGCAGUGAGUGGUAGACCAGCGUGGGUCCCCCACGCAGUGAGUCAAACUCUACUGGUCACUGGUCGCGAGCUCCUCACCGUCCACUUCCAAUCCAACCCGCAGCCCGCAGAGCACGCCGCCGCCGUGAACGCACGCAGGCAAUGCAACGCUCCGCGCUCCUCCGCCCACUCGCCGCCCCCCCUCUCCUCCCCGCUAACACCCUCGUCGCGCGGCGCCGCCGCGGCGGUCGUGGAAGCGUCCGAGUGGGGUGCGCCCCCGGGGAGGGAGCGGGCGGAGGCGGCAGGGGCGAGGUCGACGGCGGCGCGGCGGCGUGGCUGAGCUCGGCGGUGGGGGAGAAGGUAGACGAGCUGCUGCAGCGCGAGGAGAACCGGUCGCUGCUCGAGGGCGUCGAGGCCGCCGAGCGCCGCGUGGAGCGCGCCCGCGCCGCGCUAGCCGACAUAGAGCGGCAGGAGGCCGCUGCGCGCCUCGCCCGCGAGGAGGUCCGCCGCCUCGAGGAGCGGCGCGACGAGAUUGCAGAGUCCCAACGGGAAUUGCUACAGGCAAGAGAAAUGAUUGAUGAAGCACAGCGUUCCUUGUCUUCUAGUCUUGAGGAAGGAAGCUUCGAAGAUGUGUCUAGUGGUGAUAUUGAUGAAGAUGGUGAGAGACUAGAAUCUGUAAAAGCUGCAGCAGUUUCCUCUAUAGUUGGCGUUCUGGCUAGUUUGCCCAUAUCUUUCUAUGAAGUCCACAAUUUUCCACAACUAUUUGUUCAGACAUCAGUUGUUUUCAUAAGUUGUGCUUUGUUUGGAGUCACAUUCCGAUAUGCCGUUAGAAGAGAUCUGGAUAAUAUCCAACUAAAAAUGGGGGCUCCUGCCGCAUUUGCUUUUGUUAGAGGUCUUGCUCUGUUGGAAUCUGGUAGAUCCUUCGAGCUGAGUACUGAUACCUUAAUAUCAGUUGCUCUUGAUGGUGCAGUUAGUGUGGUUGAGAACAUUUUUGUAUUUCUGCCUGCUGCCAUUGCACUGGACUACUGUUUUAAGAUGAGAUUUUUGAGUCCGUUUCCUUCAAGAAAACAAUAGCUUCUGUGAAAUGUAUGAUCAACGAUGAUAUUGCUUGCUCUGAUGACUACAUGUAAUGCAAAUGAUUUCUUAGAUUCAUCACGGCAAGCACUUCCUUGUGCAUUCAAAGUUCACCAAAUAAUUGUUUCUACUUAACA